CAACCUGACUUCGCCGCCGCAAGUACUGUUUUUACUUCCAAGGCCAGUACGCGACUUCAUGAUGGCUGGUGCUGCCAAUGAUGAGUGGCGUGGAGUAUUAUUUCAUUGCUUUGAUUCUGCUGGCGCUUUGGAAUAUUCUAUGGCAAAUGCGGGUUCUAGGUUCUCUUUUGCUACUGAAGUAUGUGCCAAACUAAUGAACGGAGCAAGAUAUGCAGUUGCUGAUCCCCCAUUGGACUCCGAGGACCACAAAGAGUUUGAAAAUAUCGUAGUCUCUGAUGCGGUGCUAAAUGUGAUGAUGAUCAACAAUGGAGCUGAUGCAACUGGUUGGCGUUUCUAUACUGAUGACGAUUUGACCAGGACACCAGAGAACAAUGUGCAAUCGCUUGUCUUGCCUAAUGGCAUUGCAUUGCCUACUUUCGAGAUCAAUGGUGGGAUUCGAUUCAGACGCCGUGUCGUCUUGCCGCCGGUGCUUAUGGAAGAAGAUGGGGUAAUAUAUCAUUUCCUGCAGUACAAAUUCCUACCAAACGUUAGAGCCACCGUUAGGGCUAGCAUUCUGUCAGGCCUUGCUCAUGGUGAAGCUCUCGAAGAACUAGCCAUAGAUGCUCGGGCCCAACACUUUGCAGCCAUUGCCGGUCCUGAAGGACAUGAUCUAGACCCUGAACAGUGGGCUGCUCUUCUCUUGCCUGAGCCAGCAGAUGGAGGGGAGGGGCACUUGGAUGGUGAAGCUGCUGUAGGAGGGGAGGGGCAGUUGGACGGUGAAGCUGCUGUAGAGGUAGGGGAGGAGGUUCUUGAGGUGGCUGUGGAGGUAGGGGACGAGGUGGUUCUUCCAGCCCUUUAUGGAUUUGUCGAUGAUGAUGAGUAUCGGUCUACCGAAGAUGAUGACUAUGUUCCAGAUGAAGAGGAGUCUCAUUCUUCGGAUGAUGAUUUUGUUCCAGAUGAAAGUGAUGAUGACUAUGUGCCACAUCAUGAGGGGUACGAAUCAAGUGAUUAAGACUGCCUGAAAAGAUUAGUAGUGUGAAUAUCCAGAAGUAGUGUGGAAAAUCUUUUGAGUCCGGAUGGGAAGAUAUUUUGAGUAGGAAUAUGAUACCGUAGUGCCAAGAUGUUCUCAGCUGCCAGUAAGUAGUGGUAACAGAAUUUGUUUAAAGAUGUUCUCUCAGCGACCAGUAAGUAUUGGUAACAAUCUGUUUAAAGAUGUUCUCUCAGCUACCAGUAAGUAGUGGUAUCAGAAUCUGUUUAGUCAUCAUGUAUUAUGAUAACCUAGUCAUCAUAUAUUAUGAGAACCUCUGGCCUAAGAAGAGACUAGUUGCACUCUGUUUUGAAGUGCUGUUUUGAAGUGCUUUAUGUUUGCUUUGCUUUGCUUUUGAA